CAACUCAACGUUCAUCGAAACGUACCCGCACCAUCUGCCGUCGCUCAAUCACCAUCCCGGCAACUCGUCCCACGCGCUCACAGGUGUUCCAUCCCGAGACGGUUUAGUUUCGCAUAAUCUUUCUCAGCCCAUCGUCGUGAUCGAGUGCUGUGACGGGGGAGCGAGUAGCCAACCUUUUCGAGAGCUCCUGGCUGUGUGAUCUGUGGUGGCUGUAGUUUGAUGUCAGGUCUUAUACAGCGAACAAGCGCAAACGCUAAGGCGAUGACCGCAGACGAUGGUGCUUCCAACGGAGAGCAGCUAGCCGCGGCGCCCCGGAAGGGUCUGCCCAUGGAGAUUAAGCUGGUGAUUUGCGUGCUUGGUAUCUACUCGUGCUACAUGUUGUCGGGAAUCCUGCAGGAAAAUAUUUUCCGAUACAGAUCCGAGGAUGGCAGCAGGUUUUCGUCGACUCUGUUCCUGCUGUGGGUCCAGUGCGUGGUAAACGUCGCUUUCUCCUUGGUGGCGAUGUCCGUCAACGGCAGGUCUGGGGACAAGAUGCCCCACCACCUUUUCGGCACGGCCGGGUUCGCGUACAUCGGUGCCAUGGUGUGCUCCAUCGAGGCUCUCAAGUACGUCAACUUCCCAACCAAGGAACUGGGCAAGUCCUGCAAGAUGAUCCCAGUGAUGUUGUUCGGAGUGCUGUUCGCCAAGAAGCAGUACAGCUUGCAGGAGUACCUGUGCGUGGCCCUGAUCACGGUGGGCAUCGUCACCUUCAACCUCUCCGGGAAGCCGCACAACAAGGAGGACAAGGAAAACAGCACGUACGGGCUUGGCCUCUUGGCCCUCAGCCUUAUCCUCGACGGCGUCACGGGUAGCGCUCAGGAGCGGUUAAAGGCCGCCUGCAAGCCCACGGUGCACGAGAUGAUGUUCUUUAUGAACGCGUGGGCCCUGGCCAUCUUGUCGGCCGCGGCGUACCUGUCCGGUCAGGCGGUGGAGGGGUACGCCUUUUGCUCCACGAACCUUUCCGUCAUGAGCUACGUGCUGGGCUUCUCCCUUGCCGCGGCGUUCGGGCAGAACUUCAUCUACUAUACCAUCAGCAACUUCAACCCGCUGGUGUGCACGACGAUCACCACCACGAGGAAGUUCUUCACGAUCGUCUGCUCCGUCAUCGUCUUCGGACACGCGAUCGGCCCCAAGCAAUGGGGCGGAGUGGCGAUGGUGUUUGCCGGGAUCGGCUACGAGAUGAGGGGAAAGUAUCAGCGGCACCACGUCAAAAACUUGAAGGCUUAACAACCUUGAUGGUGUCGCGUCCAGGGCUUGAGACAUCUGAUGAUGAUGAUGGUGAUGCCGCGUUCUCUUGGGGUAGGCGGUUCCGUGCGGGCGACGCGGGGAGAGAAAGAGGAAGGAGGAACAGAAGCCGCAACGGACAGCAGCAGCGGCGAACGCGCCAAGUGCUGGGUUGACAGUGGUUGCGAUGGUGGCGCUGGAGGGAGGAAACAGGGUACAAACACGACGGGGCAAGUAAUUGUUGUCUGCGUUUCUGUCGGGUUUGUGGGGGCGUAAGGAGCGGCGGGGGAUUGAGAACAUGUUGCCACAGGCACCACCUAUAGCACCCAACCUCAAUCCUGCCGCCCGCUCGAUCUAUGCUUUGAUGUUGACCCCUAUUGUGGGGAGGGAGGGGGGCUAGACAUAUUUCGAGGCCAUUAUUCGGACGCUUGAUGACCUAUACGCAGAGCUUGAGCCGGCCACGAUUGACGAUCGUCGCUGGUUUGCGAUAAGGUAGGCCCCCUUGUCGUCGUUUCUGUCUGUACAUGUAAUAGCCCUUUCGUAGCUCUAACUAGCGGGUCCUUGUUCCAAUUUUUAGAGUGUUUCUUCCCUCGGCAAGAAUAAGUAACCGGUGGAAUCCCCCGAGAAGCUCCUCCUGCCGAUGCAGGAAUAGAAGUGAGCUAAAGAUCAAGGAGAACCAACCGCGGCGGCCAAUUCUGCGACCUUAUGAGUUGGGCAAGAGACGAAGGGUAGAGGUUGCUGAGCCCGGCUGUAGCAGCUGGCUGAUGUUCAAUUGCGUAGCUUUGACAGUUGUAUUUUUGGGCGCAGUCAGUAAACAACAUGCAAGAAAACACACGGGUGUUUUUUUUUUGUUUUUUACCUCCAUCAAUGGACGGUCCUCAGCACAGAACGGCAUGGCAUCGAUCAGUCGCAGCUAUUCCUUGACUUCCGCGCGAUGUAGCCCAACGAUUUGGCGAGCCAUGUGCUGCGAAAGCAUCGCAUGCCGACGUGUCUGUAAGAGUCAACAUCUCAGAAUAGCAUCUUGCCUGUUUUUUGGUGCCUUCACGGGACGAAGAACAAUCUGUCUUGCUCUUCGGCUUGCAUCCUUGCACAGAGAUGGUAGCGUCUACCAGGAGGCGGUUGGCGGCUGAUGCGACAAGCUUCGCCUCGAAGCUUAUUUGUUAUUCCAGUGUGCACACUGAAGGUCAGACGAUAUGAAGUUUAUAUAUAUUAUCGCGUCAUGUCCUUGGCGGGCUCCGCCGUGGGGACGCUGGAGCCGCUGGAAGCAACAAUGUCUUUUCAUUUGCACGUUGAUUAUUGGUCGCAACCCAACGACUGGCGGGUCAAUAAUGGCGAAAAUGUUUGGUUGUCGUUGACCCUUCGGUGUAUUGCUGUAGGCUAACUACAUUCGGUGCGUACAUCACAUAGAAAAAUGGGAAGAGAGAGGGGUGGAAUCCACAUUAGUAUCAAAUCGAUGAAUCAAAUUUUGUGCACGACUCCCGUCUUGUUGCCUGUUUGCUUUCUUCGUGACCAUGCCUUGACGUUUGCCCGCAGUUCGGGAUAAUUGUAUAAGACAGGCGAACGAGAUCGCUUCAGUGCCGCUCGCUGCUCACGUUUGCGUGUUCCGCUGCAAGCCGUAUGCGCCAUGUCUGGCCGCACUUCAGAAUCCACCGUUCUCACUUUGUAAAGUCGCACAAUGUUUCGUUUGCGGAGUGUUGCGCAAUCGCUUAGGGGUAGAAACGUGUGGAUGUGUGCAGGGGUGCGUGCUAGUUUCUUGGAUGCUUUCUCCUCCCUGUCUCGGUAGCAUUUGUUCCGUCUAUCGUUUUCACCAUAACUACCACUGAAAUCCCAACCUAUUGGCCGU